AUGGCAUUUAGAACCGCAGUUAACACGCGUGAGUCUGUGAAAUUUCACGGCCUAAUCACGGCGUCCCCUUGGCCAGCGGCCGCCUUGGACCUGGAGUGGGGCCGCAAGCUGUAUCCGCCGGCGUCCAGCGGCCGCACCGGCCCAGGCGGACUGGUGUUUGGUUUAACGCCCGUCGCCGCCGGAGCCGGUGCAGACCUCAAUUUAAACCUGAACAUCAACCAGCCUCGUGGUCCAGUUACGUCCCUCAAAGAGGAACCGUUGACUUCAUCACAACUCGCAGCGGCCAGAUCAUGGAUGCAACCAACUGUCGAUCAAACGAGUGUGGGCAUAGGCCGCGCGCAUUUCGAGAAGCAGCCGCCGAGCAAUCUGCGGAAAAGCAAUUUCUUCCAUUUCGUCGUCGCCCUGUAUGACAGGGCUGGACAGCCGGUGGAGAUCGAAAGGACGGCCUUCAUUGGGUUCAUCGAGAAAGACCAAGAAUCCGAUAGCCAAAAAACAAAUAAUGGAAUACAGUACAGGUUACAGCUCCUCUACGCAAACGGUGUACGACAGGAACAGGAUAUUUAUGUCAGACUUAUCGAUUCGGUGACGAAACAGGCCAUCAUGUAUGAAGGACAGGACAAAAAUCCAGAAAUGUGCAGAGUCUUGCUAACGCACGAAGUCAUGUGCAGUCGGUGCUGUGAUAAAAAAAGUUGUGGAAACCGGAAUGAAACUCCGUCAGAUCCAGUCAUCAUCGACAGGUUUUUCCUAAAAUUCUUCCUUAAGUGCAAUCAAAAUUGUCUGAAAAAUGCUGGAAAUCCAAGGGACAUGCGGAGGUUUCAGGUGGUGAUAUCAACUCAAGUUGCUGUAGAUGGACCUUUGUUGGCGAUUUCAGACAACAUGUUCGUCCACAACAACUCGAAGCACGGCAGGCGAGCCAAGAGACUCGAUCCUGCCGAAGGUACGCAGGACUCUGUCGAGAUGGGCCUAUACCCGCCUUUACCCGUGGCUACGCCUUGCAUAAAAGCGAUAUCGCCAAGUGAAGGUUGGACCACAGGAGGAUCCCAAGUUAUAAUCGUGGGCGAUAAUUUCUUUGAUGGUCUUCAGGUGGUUUUUGGGACGAUGCUGGUUUGGAGUGAGCUGAUAACCCCGCACGCGAUAAGGGUCCAAACGCCUCCACGGCAUAUCCCUGGCGUGGUUGACAUAACUCUAUCCUAUAAGAGCAAACAAUUUUGCAAAGGGGCACCAGCAAGAUACGUCUAUGUCUCUCUCAAUGAACCAACAAUCGACUACGGAUUCCAAAGAUUACAAAAACUAAUUCCAAGGCAUCCGGGAGAUCCAGAUAAAUUACCAAAAGAAAUUAUACUCAAAAGAGCUGCUGAUCUGGCGGAAGCACUUUAUUCCAUGCCUAGUCUCGGGGCCCCCCGAUCCCCAAGUGGAAACAUGGGAGGAUUCAAUUCGUAUACUGGUCAACUGGCUGUUAGUGUGCAAGAUACAGGCGCACAAUGGACUGAAGAUGAAUACGGUAGACAGCAAAGUAGUAGCGUGAGUCCACGUGGUGGAUAUUGUUCGAGUGCUUCAACUCCUCAUAGUUCUGGUGGUGGUUCAUAUGGUGGUGCCAAUGCCUACGCGCCUGCACCAAACAUGUCCGGGUUACCAGGAUCGCCGGCUUCUGCUGGUAUAUUCAAUUCCACAUCACGUGUCGGUGGUUUAGUUGGAGGCUUCGGCAGCGUCAAUCCAUUCGCCCUGUCGACGUGCAGUUCCCAAGGCUACGCCCCGAGCCCUUUGGUCAGCUCUUCUAAAUAA